UUUAUAUAUUCCUAAAUUUAAAAACUAAGAUUUACGCAAUUAGUUGGGUGAGCGGUAGCGCGCGUGUUUAACGAAGCGCGUCAUAGUUGCAAUCAGCAAUCAGCAUCAUCUUUGUAGUUUGUCGGCGAGAGGUUGUUCGCGAUGGGUGCAAGUCCUGAAAAUCUCAAAAGAAGCCGUUUACCAUAUUCCAAACCUCUUCCUCAAACCGAUUUAGACUUCGAUCAAAGCUCCUAUUAACCAUCUUCCCCUUCCUUCGUUACCAAGCAAUCCACACUGUUCACUUCCCCUGCUGAACCGCUUUCUGAUUCACUAUCUUACGCCAAUUUUGAUCAUGAACUUAGGGUUUUCUCUAUUCUCAUAACCUCUUGUAAUGAUGUCCAGAUCCAUGUUACUUGUGUUUUUGUUCGUUAUUCUCAUUAUCACUUCGCAGUUCGAGUGGAGGCAACAGCUAGUACCUGAGGUUGACACCACGGUGAACUCCCAGAAGCAGCAGCAGCAGAUAUCGACGAGGGAAGAAGCAGUUAAGGAGAAGAUAUUGUUAUCACAAGAAAGGAAUAUCCAGAGGCUCAAUGAAGUUGUGCGAAGCCUCCGACAACAGUUGCAGCAGUGUAGAGGCAGGAACAUUACAAACGGGACAGCUCUACUGACUGGACAUAUUCUCGAGCUCGAACGACUUCAUGUAUUAGAGGACUGAUGCCCAUGGCCAACAACAAAUUGCUAGCUUGUCUGUUAACUGUUUUUAGUACGGAUUUUUCUUUGGAACAACAACUAUGGUGGCAGGGAUAGGGGGAUCGAACCCUCAAUCUUUAGAGAGGAAGUCAUGUCAGUUACUGUUGAGGUAAGUUCACUUUCGAGUUACGAGCCUUUUCAUGUGUAGAUAUAUCUCACCUGUGUUCAUAAUUGUUUGCUGUGGGUAGAAGAAUUCCACCAAUCAUGAAAUUUAAUUGUCCUACCAAGGUAGGUUUUUCUGUUCCAGGAAGAUGAGGGGUAUGUACUAUGUACUUAUCAAAUUUAAUCUCAAUCAUGACUUAUCAUUAAA